UGACACAGAAGACCUGGGAGUCCCUGCUUGUGGUUGCGGCUAUGUUCUCAUAAGCUUGAGAUCAUUUGAAACAUUUGAGUGCAUCUUGUUUGGACACCUACUCUAAAAACAAGAACCGGACCUUUUGAGAAGGAUUGGUGAUUACUGUUGACAGAGAGGUCAGAAAUCAGCCGCCACCAUGAGUACGGACGCAGAGAUGGCCACUUAUGGCAAAGCUGCCAUUUACCUUCGUAAGCCAGAAAGGGAGAGAAUUGAGGCUCAAAGUGCACCAUUUGAUGCCAAGAGUGCCUGCUACGUGGCUGAUGUCAAGGAGCUGUACUUGAAGGGAAAAAUCAUCAAGAAAGACGGUGACAAAGUCACAGUCGAAACCCUGGACACUAAGGAGGAGAGGGUAGUGAAAGAAGCUGACGUCUAUCCAAUGAACCCUCCCAAGUAUGACAAGAUUGAGGACAUGGCCAUGAUGACCCAUCUCAAUGAAGCCUCUGUGCUGUAUAACCUCAAAGAGCGUUAUGCAGCAUGGAUGAUCUAUACCUACUCUGGGUUAUUCUGUGCCACUGUGAACCCCUACAAGUGGCUCCCAGUGUACGAUUCUGAAUGUGUAAGUGCCUAUAGAGGCAAGAAGCGUAUGGAGGCUCCACCUCACAUCUUCUCUGUCUCUGACAACGCUUUUCAGUUCAUGCAAACUGAUAGGGAAAACCAGUCUGUCUUGAUCACUGGAGAAUCUGGUGCUGGAAAGACUGUGAACACCAAGCGUGUCAUCCAGUACUUUGCAACAAUCGCAGUUGGUGGACCGAAGAAGGACGACUCAAAGGGGUCAUUGGAGGAUCAGAUUAUUGCAGCCAAUCCCCUGCUGGAGGCUUAUGGUAACGCCAAAACUAUUAGGAAUGACAACUCUUCUCGUUUUGGUAAAUUCAUCAGAAUCCAUUUUGGCGCAACUGGCAAACUGGCUAGUGCUGAUAUUGAGACAUAUCUGCUGGAGAAGUCCAGAGUGACAUACCAGCUUUCUGAUGAAAGAGGCUACCACAUCUUCUUCCAGAUGAUGACCGGCCACAUACCUGAGCUGAUUGAUAUGGCACUCAUCACCACCAACCCCUACGACUUCCCCAUGUGUAGCAUGGGUCAGAUCACUGUGGCCAGCAUUGAUGACAAAGUUGAGCUGGAAGCCACUGAUAACGCUAUUGAUAUCCUGGGCUUCACUCAUGAAGAGAAAAUGGCCAUCUACAAGUUGACUGGUGCUGUGCUCCACCAUGGUAACAUGAAGUUCAAGCAGAAGCAGCGUGAGGAGCAGGCUGAGCCUGAUGGCACAGAGGAGGCUGACAAGGUUGCUUACUUGCUGGGUCUGAACUCCGCUGACAUGCUCAAGGCUCUGUGCUUUCCCAGAGUGAAGGUCGGAAAUGAGUAUGUCACCAAGGGACAGACUGUACCUCAGGUGAUGAACUCAGUGACAGCCCUGGCCAAGGCUAUCUAUGAGAGGAUGUUCUUGUGGAUGGUCAUUCGUAUUAACCAGAUGUUGGACACUAAACAAGCAAGACAGUUCUACAUUGGUGUCCUGGAUAUUGCUGGUUUUGAAAUCUUUGACUUCAACACCUUGGAACAGCUGUGCAUCAACUUCACCAAUGAGAAACUGCAGCAGUUUUUCAACCACACCAUGUUUGUCCUGGAGCAAGAGGAGUACAAGAAGGAGGGUAUUAUCUGGGAGUUCAUUGACUUUGGCAUGGACUUGGCUGCCUGCAUUGAGCUCAUUGAAAAGCCCAUGGGCAUCUUCUCCAUCCUUGAAGAGGAGUGCAUGUUCCCCAAGGCCUCCGACACAUCCUUCAAGAACAAGCUGUAUGACCAGCACCUUGGAAAAACCAAAGCAUUUGAGAAGCCUAAGCCCCCCAAGAAAGGCAAGAUUGAGGCCCACUUCUCCCUGGUGCACUACGCUGGUACCGUGGACUACAAUAUCGCUGGCUGGCUGGAAAAGAACAAGGAUCCACUGAAUGACUCCGUCUGUCAGCUGUACAUGAAAUCCCCAGUGAAACUGCUGGCUCUCUGCUUCCCUCCCGUCGUUGAGGGUAUGCUAGUAACUGCAGAGAACUUGGGGAAGCUGAUGACUAACUUGAGGAGCACCCAUCCUCACUUUGUGCGCUGCCUGAUUCCCAAUGAAACAAAGACUCCAGGUCUCAUGGAGAACUUCCUGGUCAUCCACCAGCUCAGGUGUAACGGUGUGCUGGAGGGUAUCAGAAUCUGCAGAAAAGGUUUCCCCAGCAGAAUUCUCUAUGCUGAUUUCAAGCAGAGGUACAAGGUGCUGAAUGCCAGUGUCAUCCCCGAGGGCCAGUUCAUUGACAACAAGAAGGCUUCAGAGAAGCUGCUUGGGUCAAUUGAUAUUCCACAUGACGAGUACAAAUUCGGACACACAAAGGUGUUCUUCAAGGCCGGUCUGCUGGGUGUCCUUGAGGAGAUGAGAGAUGAAAAACUGUCAUCUCUGGUCACCAUGACUCAGGCUUUGGCCCGUGGUUAUGUCAUGAGAAAGGAGUUUGUGAAGAUGACGGAGAGGAGGGAAGCCAUAUAUACCAUCCAGUACAAUAUCCGCUCAUUCAUGAAUGUCAAACACUGGCCAUGGAUGAAGGUGUACUACAAGAUCAAGCCUCUGCUGAAGACUGCUGAAACUGAGAAGGAGCUGGCAAAUAUGAAGGAGAACUAUGAUAAGAUGAAAACUGACUUGGCUGCUGCCCUGGCCAAGAAGAAGGAACUGGAGGAGAAGAUGGUGUCCCUUCUGCAGGAGAAGAAUGAUCUGCAGCUGCAAGUAGCAUCUGAAGGAGAGAAUCUGAAUGAUGCUGAGGAGAGAUGUGAGGGACUUAUCAAGAGUAAGAUUCAGAUGGAGGCCAAACUCAAAGAGACAACUGAGAGACUGGAGGAUGAAGAGGAAAUCAAUGCUGAGCUCACUGCCAAGAAGAGAAAGCUGGAGGAUGAAUGCUCUGAGCUCAAGAAAGAUAUUGAUGACCUGGAGCUUACCUUGGCCAAAGUCGAAAAAGAGAAACAUGCCACAGAGAACAAGGUGAAGAACCUGACUGAGGAGAUGGCCUCUCAGGAUGAGAGCAUUGCUAAGCUGACUAAGGAAAAGAAAGCCCUUCAGGAGGCUCAUCAGCAGACUCUUGAUGACCUGCAGGCUGAGGAAGAUAAAGUCAACACUCUGACCAAGGCGAAGACCAAGCUUGAGCAGCAAGUGGAUGAUCUUGAGGGUUCUCUGGAGCAAGAGAAGAAGCUCCGUAUGGACCUUGAGAGAUCCAAGAGAAAGCUUGAGGGUGAUCUGAAACUGGCACAGGAAUCCAUCAUGGAUCUUGAGAAUGAGAAGCAGCAGUCUGAUGAGAAAAUUAAAAAGAAGGACUUUGAAAUCAGUCAGCUCCUUAGCAAAGUUGAAGAUGAGCAGUCACUGGGUGCUCAGCUUCAGAAGAAGAUCAAGGAGCUCCAGGCUCGUAUUGAGGAACUGGAGGAGGAGAUUGAGGCUGAGCGUGCGGCUCGUGCCAAGGUUGAGAAGCAGAGAGCUGACCUCUCCAGGGAACUUGAGGAGAUCAGUGAGAGGCUGGAGGAGGCCGGUGGUGCCACUGCUUCUCAGAUUGAGAUGAACAAGAAGCGUGAAGCCGAGUUCCAGAAGCUCCGUCGUGAUCUUGAGGAGUCCACUCUGCAGCAUGAAGCCACUGCUGCUGCUCUUCGCAAGAAGCAGGCUGACAGCGUUGCUGAGCUGGGAGAGCAGAUCGACAACCUCCAGCGUGUAAAGCAGAAGCUUGAGAAGGAAAAGAGUGAAUACAAGAUGGAGAUUGAUGACCUCUCCAGCAACAUGGAGAAUGUCGCUAAAGCAAAGGGAAAUCUUGAAAAGAUGUGCCGUACUCUAGAGGACCAACUCAGCGAACUGAAGACCAAGAAUGAUGAAAAUGUCCGUCAAAUCAAUGACACAAGUGCACAGAGAGCACGUCUCCUGACAGAAAAUGGUGAGUUCAGCCGUCAAGUUGAAGAGAAAGAAGCUCUUGUCUCCCAGCUGACCAGAGGCAAACAGGCAUUCACACAACAGAUUGAGGAGCUGAAAAGACAUGUUGAAGAGGAGGUUAAGGCCAAGAAUGCUCUUGCCCAUGGACUGCAAUCAGCCCGCCAUGACUGUGAUCUGCUGAGGGAGCAGUUUGAGGAGGAGCAAGAGGCCAAGGCUGAGCUGCAGCGUGGAAUGUCCAAGGCCAACAGUGAGGUGGCUCAGUGGAGAUCUAAGUAUGAAACUGAUGCUAUCCAGCGCACUGAGGAGCUUGAGGAAUCCAAGAAAAAGCUGGCUCAGCGUCUUCAGGAGGCUGAGGAGCAGAUUGAGGCAGUGAAUUCCAAGUGCGCUUCUCUUGAGAAAACCAAACAGAGGCUCCAGAGUGAGGUGGAGGACCUCAUGAUUGAUGUGGAGAGAGCCAAUGGGCUGGCUGCCAACCUGGACAAGAAGCAGAGGAACUUUGACAAGGUGUUGGCAGAGUGGAAACAGAAGUACGAGGAGGGUCAGGCAGAGCUCGAGGGAGCACAGAAGGAGACUCGUUCUCUCAGCACUGAGCUGUUCAAGAUGAAGAACUCUUAUGAGGAAUCUCUGGAUCAGCUGGAGACCAUGAAGCGUGAAAACAAGAAUCUGCAACAGGAGAUCUCAGAUCUGACUGAACAGAUUGGUGAGACUGGCAAGAGUAUCCAUGAGCUGGAGAAGUCCAAGAAGCAGGUGGAGACUGAAAAGUCUGAGAUCCAGACAGCUCUUGAAGAGGCUGAGGGAACUCUGGAACACGAAGAGUCUAAGAUCCUGCGUGUCCAGCUGGAGCUCAACCAGAUUAAGGGUGAAGUGGACAGGAAGCUAGCAGAAAAAGAUGAGGAGAUGGAGCAGAUCAAGAGGAACAGCCAGAGGGUGAUUGACUCCAUGCAGAGCAAUCUGGAUUCUGAGGUCAGGAGCAGAAACGAUGCCCUGAGAAUCAAGAAGAAGAUGGAGGGAGACCUGAAUGAGAUAGAGAUUCAGCUGAGCCACGCCAAUCGCCAGGCUGCUGAGUCCCAGAAGCAGCUGAGGAAUGUGCAGGCCACGCUGAAGGAUGCACAACUGCACCUUGAUGAUGCUGUCAGAGCACAGGAGGAGUUCAAGGAACAAGCUGCUAUGGUGGAUCGCAGGAACGGUCUGAUGGUAGCAGAAAUCGAGGAACUUAGAGCUGCACUGGAACAGACGGAGAGAAGUCGCAAAAUCGCUGAGCAGGAGCUGGUGGAUGCCAGUGAGCGUGUUGGACUUCUGCACUCUCAGAACACAAGCCUUCUGAACUCCAAGAAGAAGCUUGAGUCUGACCUGGUCCAGGUCCAGAGUGAAGUGGAUGACACUGUUCAGGAAGCAAGGAAUGCAGAGGAGAAGGCCAAGAAGGCCAUCACUGAUGCUGCUAUGAUGGCUGAGGAGCUGAAGAAGGAGCAGGAUACCAGCUCCCACCUGGAGAGGAUGAAGAAGAACCUGGAGGUCACUGUUAAGGACCUGCAGCACCGCCUGGAUGAGGCUGAGAACCUGGCCAUGAAGGGUGGCAAGAAGCAGCUCCAGAAACUUGAGUCCAGAGUGCGUGAACUGGAGGCAGAGGUUGAAGCUGAGCAGAGACGCGGAGGAGAUGCCAUUAAGGGUGUCCGCAAAUAUGAGAGGAGGGUGAAGGAGCUCACCUAUCAGACUGAGGAGGACAAGAAAAACGUUGCCAGGCUGCAGGAUCUAGUUGACAAGUUGCAGCUCAAAGUCAAAGCCUACAAGAGGCAGGCUGAGGAGGCGGAGGAGCAGGCCAACACUCAUCUGUCCAAGUGCAGGAAGGUGCAGCAUGAGCUGGAGGAGGCUGAGGAGCGCGCUGACAUCGCAGAGUCCCAGGUCAACAAGUUGAGAGCAAAGAGCCGUGACUCUGGCAAGGGUAAAGAGGCAGCUGAAUAAAGAAAACUGCCUGGUCAGCUGUUUCUAAUCAUAUAAUAUGACGUGAGAUGUGUUGUAAAAAUAAAAGGAUUCCUUGUCACAGUUAAA